UGAACACUUAGGAGCAAGGUUUUUCUGUGAAAUAUAAUGAAGGCAUGAUGUGUUCUAUCACAAUGAAGUGAUGGUACUGCAUUAGCAGGUCCAUUUUAUUGUUGUUGGUCUGAUUUUCCGUCAUUAUGGCGGGACGCGGGCGUGGGAGGGGGCGGAGUCAACUGAGUUUCAAUAUUGAGGUUGUGGGAAUCAGUAAAGGAGACAAUCUUCCCCCUGCUACUCUUCAGCCAACCCCACUCUUCCCUCCUAUGGAACACAAGCCUGUGCCACUGCAGGUGGGAGAAGAGGCAGAGUAUAUGUUAGCUCUGAAGCAGGAGUUCAGAGGAGCUAUGAAGACUUUGCCUUACUACAUUAGGCCUGCUGCCCCCAAGAAAGAUGUGGAGCGUUAUUCAGAUAAGUACCAGAACUCUGAGCUUACUGAUGGUACCAUGGAAUGGAACCCAGAUUGGAGACGGCUACCAAAAGAACUGCACGUCAGAGUUAAAAGGCCCAGGAGAGAGAAAACCCCAGCCGUGCAGAGACAAGGCGCUCAGGCCCGUGUUGACACUGAGGACAUUAUACACAAACUAGAGACACUUGAGAAAAAAGAAGAACAAGUGAGUUCUGAUGAAGAGGAGGGAGAGAAGAAGAAGCAAGAGGAAGAGGAACAAGAGGGUGAGGAGGAGUAUGAUGAAGAAGAGUUUGAGGAGGAGACAGACUACAUUAUGUCAUACUUUGACAAUGGUGAGGAGUUUGGAGGGGACAGCGAUGAUAACAUGGAUGAGGCCAUUUACUGAUGCAGCGAACUGGGUUUGUCAUGCAGGAUUUCACUGUCAGUAGACCAUGCGUUCUGAGACUUUGGCACUGACCGUUUUCUGUCCGGCAGCUUCCUGAGUGACUAGAUUACUCUAAAGACUGUUUCAGAAGAUAAAAGAUAUCAGAUGAAGACAAAGAGACUGCAGUUUCUGAUCGAAGCUAGUUCUGACUCUGACGUGUUUAAGCUGUCAGUGGUGUCCUCAUGCACAUCUGCUCAUAUUCAAAAUGCUGCUCUGUCUUCAUACAGCCCUUUGCAUAGCUUUUUCAAGUCUUUUUUUUUUUUUAAAAAAAGAAAC